GGAGGGGCGGGGCCGAAGAAUCAUAGGUCAGGCGUAACAGCGAGCGCAGUGCCGCGAGUUCCGCUGAGUGAUGGGGCUGCUCAGCAUCCUGAAGAAGAUGCGGCAGAAGGAGCGGGAGCUGCGACUGCUCAUGCUAGGCCUUGACAAUGCUGGCAAAACCACCAUCUUGAAGAAGUUCAAUGGGGAUGAGAUUGACACCAUCUCGCCCACGUUAGGGUUCAACAUCAAGACAUUGGAACACCGGGGGUUCAAGUUGAACAUCUGGGAUGUGGGGGGCCAGAAGUCCUUGCGCUCUUACUGGAGGAACUACUUUGAGAGCACGGACGGCCUUAUCUGGGUGGUAGACAGUGCUGACCGCCAGCGUCUGGAGGACUGCAAGAGGGAACUGCAGAGUCUUCUGGUGGAAGAGCGCUUGGCGGGAGCCACCUUGCUGAUCUUUGCCAAUAAGCAGGACCUGCCAGGGGCGCUGAAUGCCAGUGCCAUCCAGGAGGCUUUGGACCUCGACAGCAUCCAAAGCCACCACUGGUGUAUCCAAGGCUGCAGCGCUUUCACAGGAGAGAAUUUGCUGGCAGGCAUAGACUGGCUCCUGGAUGACAUCUCUAGCCGGGUGUUCACAGCGGACUGAGCAGUGGUGGGGUCAGGCAUGCGCUGCCUCCCCAUCCGCUGUGUGUGGCUGGAGCCUUGGACUGCAUUUCCAGGCUACUAAGAUGGCUGGGCCUGCCCUUUGACCUGGAAUGAAGCUUGGCCCAUUGGGACUGGAGUUUGGGGCUGGAACUGUUUCUGCUCAGCAUGGCCUUCAGGCGCAGGCCUUGCCUGUGGAGGAGCAGAGACAGGGGAUGCCAGUGGGGGAGGGAGGGUCUGCCUUCUCCCUGUUCUCUGUAUGGAGUUGUUUCUGGAAUAUCUUAAUAAAGCCGCCGCUUGUGAUUCAAA